CCAUGGCAGGGAAGAAGAAUUUGUGAAUGUCAGAUGUUUAUUACAAGAGAUCGAUUGGAGCGCCUUAGUGCCUCAGACUCCCGCUUGUGCGUCAAAUGUUGUGCGUGUUUCCUCCGAACGGAGGCCCUAUUGCUCCCUAAAUUUGCACUAAGGAGCACCCCCUAAAUCACUUAACCCUGUGCCUACGUCUUAAUCCCAAGGUCAAGCUAAUUAAUCAUUAAUAUCGCACAAAGUGUCAUACUGUGUGUGUGCACAGUGCCCCAAUAAAGGCGCAACGUGUCCGCUAAAUACAAGUUCCCGAGGAUUACAAGAUCCUCGGGGAUUUACAAGACACCUGUGCUGUGGAUUUUGCAUAAAUUUUAACUUGACCGUUGGGGUGUGUUGUACGUAAAAGUAAGGCGCCCCUGAGGCGCCCAAUUGCCGGGGAAAAGACUUUUCUUGACACAGUCCAUCGUGUCUGGUGGAAGUGAACGUCUUUACGAGUGAAAUAGCACAAAAAAACUUGCCUUCUUUGUAACAUUAAGCCUGGCAUAGGCUCUAAAGCUAGGAGGAGGCUAGGCCGGGGGAUUUAAGUGAUAUGUGUGUGUAGAAGUGUAAAGUGAAAGAGAUAGUGGACAACGUGGGUGAGUGAAAGAGACAAAGAAAAAGAAUUCAAAUUGGGUCAACGACAGACUGAUUCGCUGCGGCGGCGCAAUGCGCCACAAAGAGGAACUUCAUCCGGGGGAAGUCCCUUUUCACGAGUCCAACGGUCGGAGAACGCGGGCCGCGUGGUAGGCCAAUUGUCGGGUAAUCCGACGACUGAGGAGCCCCAGAGACGGUUGCGUCCUCAUCCCCACCCACAACCACAGCGUAGGUGGCAACAGCAGCGCCUUGCGCGCACACGUGGUCGUGCCCCAGCGGGACCACUCAUAACGCGACUCGUCCAGGAGUUCUCAGCUGACACCAUGAGUACCAGCGAACAACCAGCCGCUGGUGGUGCUAAAGAUACCCCAGUUGUGCCACCAUCAAAGACUCAAACCCCAACUGAACGGACUACAACAACAACAACACCCGGGACACCUACCAACAAUAAUAAUGAUGCCACCAAGUUUUUCAACGCAUUGCAGGCCCUCGUGGUGGCGGACAGUCCGCGCGGAGUACUACGUUUCGUGCGGAAGUCCUUGGAGAAUAUGGCCAAUUCAUCGGCAAAUAGGGCCUUCUACGACAAUGACGCCACAGAGACGGAGUACACGCGCAACUUGGACGACAACAUUGAGAUCCUCAGUCAGGAAGCUGAGAAUUUGGAGGCAAAGUUUAAGAAGACCGAAGAGAGACUCGUACAGUAUGGACCCAUCUUUGAUCCUGAAAGAUUUGUGGAGCAACAAAAGAAGGAGACAAAGGAGUUGGAUAAGGAUUUGGGUGUUAACAUUUCACCAUGCAAAAGAUUCUUCAAGUUGAAUGAAGAAAUUGGACGUGGAUCCUUCAAGACUGUCUUCCGUGGGUGGGAUACGCACACAGGUGUUGAUGUGGCAUGGUGUGAGCUAUUGGAUAAGAAAGUUAACAAAGUUGAGAGACAACGCUUCAAGGAGGAAGCGGAUAUGCUUAAGAAUCUCCAACAUCCAAAUAUUGUACGUUUCUACAAUUGUUGGGAAGAGACGGUGGGAAAACGCAAAAAUAUUGUUCUUGUCACUGAACUCAUGCUCUCCGGAACACUCAAAUCCUACCUGAGGAGGUUCAAGAAGAUCAAUCCGAAGGUUCUAAAGUCAUGGUGCCGUCAAAUCCUCAAAGGGUUGUCAUUCUUGCACUCUCGUACACCACCAAUUAUCCAUCGAGAUCUAAAGUGCGACAACAUCUUCAUUACGGGAACAACGGGCAGCGUGAAAAUUGGAGAUUUGGGAUUGGCUACUCUCAAGAACCGUAGCUUUGCUAAGAGUGUCAUCGGGACGCCGGAGUUUAUGGCACCGGAAAUGUACGAGGAGCACUACGACGAAGGGGUGGAUGUUUAUGCCUUUGGGAUGUGUAUGCUGGAGAUGUCAACGUCGGAAUACCCAUACAGUGAAUGCAGUGGCCCAGCGCAGAUUUACAAGAAGGUAACGUCUGGGAUAAAACCAGCGAGUUUGGAGAAGGUUGAGAACCCAGAAGUGCGUGAGAUUAUUGAGAGUUGUAUUCAGGUGAAGAAGGAGGAGCGUCCAAGUUGCAAAGAUCUCCUAAAUAGUGAGUUCUUUGGGCAGGACAUUGGUAUUCGAUUGGAGCCAACGCAAAAGGAAGCCUUUAUGGCAAAUCCCGAUCAAACGCGCCUUGAUUUUCGAUUGCGUGUGAUAAAUCCGAAGAAGCGCCCUGCAAAAUACAAGGAGAAUGAGGCUGUGCAGUUUUUUAUUGACUACACUCAAGAUGAUUUUGAUGAAUUGGCUGUGGAAAUGGCCCGUGGGAAUCACAUAUUAGAUGAAGAUAUUCGUGAAGUGGCUAAAUUGCUGAAGAUUCAAGUUAAUAAUCUCGUGGCGGAGCGCAAGAAGUUGCUGCUAAAGGAGGAAAUUGUUGCAGCUGCAAAGGCAAAUAAUGUGAAUCCGGAGCAGGAGCAGCAACAGCAGCAGGCUGCUGCACAGGGACAGAUGUCACAGGGUCAAAUGCAAAUAACUCAGCAACAGAUGCAAAUGACACAGCAGCAAAUGCCUCAGCAGCAAAUGACGCCGCAGCAAAUGCAGCUGAAUCAGCAACAGAUGCAAAUUAAUCAGCAGCAAAUGCAAAUAAAUCAACAACAAAUGCAAAUGUCACAGCAGCAAAUACAAAUGACACCCCAGCAAAUGCAGGUUACUCAGCAGCAAUUGCAAAUGCAUCAGCAGCAAAUGCAGAUGCAAAUGCAAAUGCCGCAACAGCAAAUGCAAAUGCCACAGCAGCAGCAAAUUCAAAUGCCCCCGCAGCAGCAGCUGCCACAGCAAAUACAGAAGCAACAGCAGCAAGUCCCAAAGCCGCAGCAACAACAGCCGGUGCAGCAAUUGCCACAGCAGCAAAUGCCUCAGGCACAGCAGCCACAGAUGCCUCAGCAGCAAAUGCAGCAGAGUCAACCGCAGCAGCAGCAGCUACAGAGGCAAACUUCGGGGACGGCAACACCCGUCCAAGAGACGGCACCCAAGCCGAAGCAACCCAAAACAAGACGCCCAAAUAAAUCAAGUGAACGCCCAAAGCUACAAGUUACAGAAGUUGUCAAUGGCACCGUUCACUGUGUUCUCGAAAAUCGACUCAAUACAAUUACUUUCAAAUUCGACGUAUCAGACAUGAAUCCCGAGGAGAUUGCUAAUAAUUUAAUGUCUCAGCAAUUGCUUCUGGAGAAUCAAUAUGCUUACUUUAUGGAAUUAAUACGGGAUGUAGUGAGACAGUUGAAGAAUAAUCCGAAUCAACUACCACAACCAAUUCAGCCACGUAGAAAUAUCGACAAGGUGAGUCUGGUUCGCCACGCUUCUCUUACGCGUCAGCGGCCGACUUUCAAAGUCCACCAUCGGCAUAGAUCUCGCGACGAAACAUCGACAACAUCUUCGUUGACGCAGAUGUUUGAUCCCCAAAUAAUCAGCCAUGAGCCACUACAGGCUGGCUUUUUUGUGCGCUGUGACGACCCACAUACAAGUGGUACAACAGGGAGUGAUGAGAGUGUUGGGAGUGGUGAGCAUGAUCGGCAGGAUGAUGCGAUAUCACGUAAAACAAGUACAGCUAGUGAAUGUACGCUGUCAUCGUCGGAGUAUACGCCAGAGAAUACUGUUGUGGGUGGUGUGGAUGAGGAGAAGGGUGCUGCUGUUGCUGCUACGCCGAUGGUGCGAAAAGUUUCGCGUUUCACGGUGACCCCACUAGAGGGGGUUGUGGCGGCAGAUGAUGUUGAUGAGGCACCACCAGAGGUUGCUCCCGAAGCACCAACAACACGUCCCGUUGGACCAGAGCACAUUAAUACGCUGGAGCAGCUGAAGAUUGAACUGGAGAACAUUACGCACGCUCAUGUGCCGGCAAUUGUGAAGCACAAGGAUGUGAGUGUUCAGGGUGGGGCAUCGGGUCAGGCCACACCCAAUAUAAAUCGGGAAGAGGUGCAUGGUCCGGAGGAGAUGUGCCAGAGUCCCAUGACUGAGGGUACACUCUUACCAGCUGAAGCGCCACCACAACGUGUGGUAACACCCCGAAGUGACAGCCCUGCAAGGGAGGAGCUACCGACCAAAGAGGCCACGCCAAUCGUGUCACCAACCGAAGAAGCGGAGCCACCAAAACAAAUGGAUGUGGUUAAGACACCACAACCAUCUGCUGAAACACCCCCGGAGGAGAUGAAGAAGCCUGAACCAGUUAGGAAGGUAUCGCGCUUCCAGGUGUCAACUGUGAAGGAGGUAAAGCCACAGGUAACGCCUGUUGAGGCCACACCUCCAAAUGACGGUGACACCCUAACGCGGCAGCAUUCGUGCAAUCAUCUGCCGCUAGGUGUACCCGUUUCCGGUGCCUGCACCAUUCCCAUUGUCAGCCUGCCCCCAAUUGGGGCAACAGAGGAGCAGGAUAGGGUGGCACUACAGCCACAAUUUUCCGGAGAUACGGAAUUGAAGAGAAAUCUCGACGUGGCCAAAACGAAUCUGUCCAAGAUGCAACUGGAGGCCAAGUCACGGCAACAGCUGCAACUUUUGCUUUCGCGUCAACAUCUAGAGGAGGAGGAGCUUCGACUGCGUCACUUUAUGGAACUAGAAAAGUUUCAAAAGAGCGGUUUGUACCUACUGAAAAACAUGGCGGAUUUUUUAAAAGGAAAACUGUGCUAAUUUGUCUGUUUUUAUUGUUUUUAGUGGCCGCUCAAAUGGAGCAGGAAUAGCCUGGCCCGGAAACGUGAUACAAUGGCCAUGGGGUUCUCUCAAAAGCAACUGUUUAACUGUCCCUGUAUUUUCUUUCUUUUGUAGAUAUUAUCAGUAAAUACAUUUAGCGACCGAAAAAAA